AUGCAAAAGGCAAUGAAAAGCGCAGAAUAUAUAAAAGCUAACAAUGACUGGUUAGAUGCCCAAGCCAACGCUAAAGCAGCCCAGCUUAUAGGGUCAAUAAGGACAAAAAUACAAGCGGAUGAAGACAGUUCAAAUGAAGCUUUAAUGAAUGCCGACUUUAAGAACGCCUUCGAAGCUCUUCAUAGUAAGGUGAAACUAGUGAACGACUUCUCAUCUGGAAAGAAACUGAAGUCUGAAGGUUUCGACAAAGAGUUAAAAGAAGUAGCACAAAAUAUGACGAAAAUAACAGAUGCAGCAACGAGACAGGCAGUUCAAAGUGCCUAUGACGCCGUUAGAGCAACUGUUGUGAAAAGUCAAGAAAAAGAGUUACAACAGACCAAAACAGACCUAGUAAAUGCUUUCUUAAGAACGAAAAGUCAGGUAGGACAUUACGCUGCAGAUGGAACAUAUGUGCCAGCUGGUGGAACUUAUAUACCACCAAACCCUCCAAGAGAAGCACCUGCACCAGGACUACCUAGAACAUUUACAUCGUCACAUGGACACAGACACAGGCAUGCACCAAAACCAACACAACAACCAACACAACAACCAACACAACAACCAGCACAACAACCAACACAACAACCAACACAACAACCAGCACAACAACCAGCACAACAACCAACACAACAACCAACAGUUCAAAACCCUGCACAGCAACAACCACAAACAGAGCAAGGACAUAAAAGAAGUAGAGAACAAGGAAACCAAGAAUUCUUAAAAAUGCUAAAGGAAAAAUAUGGUUACCCAGAUACUAUUGACUUUAGUGACAGAUAUAAAGAAGCUAUUAGAAAGUUCAAGGAAGAAAAUACUGACCCGAACCUAUUUAGCUUUAUGGCUCAGCAUAAAAUCGGAUAUAAUUUCAAACCUGGAAAAUAC